UGCGCGUCAACAUUUGUGACUUCCGGUUAUUUUCUGCGAGCAAUGUUUGCACGCUCGAAUUAGUGAAAAAGGCGGUUAGUACAGGAUUACUUUCCAGUUACAAUGUCGCUUUAUGAUGGCUUGGAUCUCGAUAACACUGAGGGUGGAAUCAGCAACAAUGUGGACUCUGGCUGGUCUUCAGGGUUCAAACUGCUUCAGUCACAGCUGCAGGCUAAGAAAGCUAACCUGACCACACCCAAGCGUCCACGUCAGGGAUCAAUACUGGCUCCGGUGAUAGACCUUAAGCGGAACGAAGCCUCGGAACUUCACUUCAAUCUUCAGACAGGAAAGUUGGAGAGAGCCGACCAGCCCAGCACCCCACCUGUAAGUUCCACUGCCCCGUUCAUUGCAUCUGACCCAGUGCCUUCAAUCACCGGGGUGCAGGACGAGUAUGACCCAUUCCGUCCCAAUGAGUAUGAGGACAUUGUGAAGAAGAGGCGAGAAGCAAAACAGAAGGAGCGUGAAGAGGAGAAGAGGAGGGAGGCAGAGGAAGGACGCUCAUCUCGACGUCGACCCGAGAGAGAGAGAGAAAGAGAAAGAGAUCGAGACAGAGUGAGAGAGGAGGAGGGAGAGAUGGACCGAGCAAAGCGUCGCAGGGAGCAAGAAGAAGAAGAGGAGGGAUACGAGAAGCCCAGAUCGAGUGGUGCUGCCAUCGCCCCGCCCAUGUCGCUGCUUGAGGACAACGCUCCACCCAAAGAAGCCUCCGAGCCUGUGAUGCCAAACCGUUCCAACUCGCCUCCAACUGGUUACACCUUGGGACUCGGAGGGUCUGUGGCAUCUAGGAUCAUGGCAAAGUAUGGCUACAAGGAAGGUCAAGGUCUGGGCAAGCAGGAGCAGGGGAUGAGUACUGCUCUGUUUGUGGAGAAGACCAGCAAGAGGGGCGGCAAGAUCAUCCAUGAGAAGGACCUGCCUAAAGAAGUGCAGAGGGAGUCUCCUUCCAAUACAAACCUGCUGCGGAAUCCUUCCAAGGUUAUUUUACUGAGAAACAUGGUCGGCCCGGGAGAGGUGGAUGAAGACCUGGAACCAGAGACUGCCGAAGAGUGUACCAAAUAUGGAAAGGUUAUCAAGUGCAUUAUAUUUGAGAUUCCAGGCCAGGUUGAAGAGGAGGCAGUAAGGAUAUUUGUGGAGUUUGAAAGAAUGGAGUCUGCAAUUAAAGCUUUAGUGGACUUGAAUGGACGGUAUUUUGGAGGAAAAAUUGUUAAAGCUUGUUUCUACAACCUUGAUAAAUUUCGGAGAUUAGAUCUGGCAGACACCUCAGAUUGAUGGAAACAGACGUGUUCCUCUGUGUAUAAAAAUAUGAGGAUCAGUCUGCCAUGUGUGGAGCAUGACAUGCACAGAAGUAUCCAUCAAGGGGGACAACUCUGGGUUACUUCAGUUGAAGGCAGCUUUAGUUUUAAGUGAUUGGGAGGUCAUUUUUGAGGAAUCAUGUUGGAAUGAAAACACAACACCGGACAUUGCUGAUGUUUAGGACUCGAUGCUGGUACAGGGGGAUGAGUACGAAGUGUGGAAAACAUCCAGUGUUUGACCUACAGCCAUCUGUCCAAGUGUCAAAAACAUGGACUGUUUAUCAUCUCCAAUGGCAACCAGGAUAACAUGUUGAAAA